AUGGCUGCUGAGAAUUCUGAGAGGCAGUAUUCGCCCUCCCCAGGAAACCUGCAAAGUUAUCUAUCCAAGAAGCAGAACAGGACAGAAGAUGUCCACAGAAUAAUAGCCAUGGAAGGGAAUGGUUCUGUCGAAUGGCUGCGUGGGUACCACAGAAACACUGAAUGGCUGCGUGGGUACCACAGAAACACUGAAUGACUGCGUGGGCACCACAGAAACACUGAAUGGUUGCGUGGGUACCACAGAAACAAUGAAUGGCUGCGUGGGUGCCACAGAAACACUGAAUGGCUGUGUGGGUGCCACAGAAACAUCGAAUGGCUGCGUGGGUACCACAGAAACACUGAAUGUCUGCGUGGGUGCCACAGAAACACCGAAUGGCUGCGUGGGUACCACAGAAACACUGUCUGCCCAUUCCUACAGCCCCAGCAUGCCUCUCAGACACCUGUGAAGGGGCUAAAUAAGGAAAUAAGGCAGAUGAUAGCUUCCCAAAGACCACAGUGA